CCUUCCUUUCUUUUGUCUUCCUUUGUGUUGGGUUUGUUUUCGUUCUAUGGAGGGAAACCUCGCGGGUGAUGAGAAAAUGGCGAAGCCAAUCGGACCAACACCGGAAAUUCAGAAACGGGUCUCUGCGAAAUCGAGAUCUCUCUUCGAUUACCCAGUCUGGAAGAAGAAGCUCAGGGAGAAUUGUUUCAGAAGAGUUAGAGAGGAUCGGACCCGUUUGCUGUGGAAAAUGAGGCUUUCGAAUUAUCAAUCUCCCCAUGAAAAGGACUUUAUCAAGUCUGCAUUCCAGGACAUUGUUUACGAUGAAAUGAAAAAGAUCAAGGAUUCGUCGAGACACCUGUCAAGAAACCCCCAGUCUUCUCCAGAAUCUGAUGAUAUAUUAUGGGAAUAUGAAGGUAUUUCUGAUGCUUAUGAAGGUGAUAGUGAAGAGAUAUUGCUAGAAAUGCAGCGGAUAUUUUACGAGGAUUUGGUUCCAGAAACCACCACAACAGGAUCACAUAUUCAGACAGAGACAUGGGAAGACGAAGAAGAUGUUUACUUGGCAACCUUAGUUUUCGAGAAUAUGCAUUUAAAUGGUGAACAGGAGCAUCAUAGCCAGAUAUGGUGUCCGAUAUGCAAGCAAGGAGAGCUUCAAGAGAACCAUCGGCACAUCUACUGCAGCUUGUGUCAGAUUCAGCUCAACAAAGAUGACGAGGUUAACUUGAGCAUUCUGCGGGAACGGUUAGCAGAAGUGCAUGCCGAACAUCUCGCCAAGGGAUGCAGAUUGAGACCAAAGUUCUGCAUCCAGGUUCGGUUUGAUUUGAAGGCAUUGUACAUUAUGUGUGACCAUUGCAAUACCUUUGACAUUGUCAUAUAGGAUUUUCAUUCAGGAAGUGGUCAUGGUAACAUUAAGUCCUUGACACUUUGUAAAAUCUUAUUUAGCCAUGUCUUGUUCAUGUUUUUCAGAGUGUGCACACAAGGAAAAUGUUGUUACACAGCUAAGGUUUUGGUUCUAUAAAUGAUA